AUGUCUGAUUUUGGCGGUUUGCCCCAAUUGGCACAAUAUGGAUUGGACAACCUGGGCGGGCCAUCAUCAGUCUCCGAGAAUGGCGGUGACAAUUCACCAAGCGAUCCACCAAGCAAUCCCACAGAAAUCUCAUUGCGAAACGUUUUUGGGCAAAGCUUUGGACUUGAGGAUGCCCGUCCAUCUUUCCCCUUUUCCCCAAUCGAAUCCAACUCCGAUCAACUCUCGAAUCUCCUCGAUUUCGGACAUUUUCUAAACAAUGCCCCACUCGAUUUGGGCAUCGCCGCUUUAAGGAAUUCAAGUAAAACGUUGAAGUGUCCAAAGUGUAAUUGGCACUACAAAUACCAGGAAACUCUCGAGAUUCACAUGAAAGAGAAACAUUCAGAGACUGAGAUUCGUUGUGCUUACUGUGUCGAGAAUCGACCGCAUCCGAAACUCUCGCGCGGAGAGACCUACUCGUGCGGCUACAAGCCCUAUCGAUGUGAACUUUGUAAAUACAGCACGACAACGAAAGGCAAUCUGAGCAUUCACAUGCAAAGCGAUAAACACCUACACGCCGUGCAAGAGCUCCCGAAUUCUUUGGUUAAUGCAAGUAUCACAGUCCCUUCGGGCUCAUCCAACUCCUCCCAACAACUUCAAAUUGCUCAAUUGGAAAAGCGCUUUGUUUGCGGAGUUUGCGGGAAUUUCACCACGGAUUCGUUGAAAGAGAUGCUCGAGCACGCGGAAAGGGAUCGUUCCCGAGCCUCGCUGAGUGACGUGAGCGCUGUAAAUGGCGUCUUCAUUUGCCAUCUUUGCCCCUACAAAACGAAUCUCAAAGCAAACUUCCAACUGCAUACGAGAACCGAUAAACAUUUGCAGAGAGUACAAAUGGUGAAUCACGUGCGCGAGGGUGCUGGCUCGCAAAACGCGAAUCUGAGCCGACUAGCUGCAAUGAAGGGACCAUUCCAAGUGCUCUGCCGACCAUGUCAAGAGAUAUUUCCGAGUUCUUUGAUUCUUCGCGAGCAUUGCGAGGCUGUCCCUCACAAAUCCCUCGUUCGUCUACCGAUCUUUCAAAUGACGUGCAAUAUCUGCGCAUUCAUCACACCACAUAAACAUGAAGCAAUCAGUGAGUGCUUUUUG